AGCAUGGGAAGCAUACGAAAUGCCGCGGCAGUUCCACGCGGAAAGGCAGCAAGGUGACUGAGAAAGCACUGGCUAGACUGCAAUGAACAACGAGCUCAAUCUCGGUAUUUGGGGCUGCUGUCAAAAGCGCUUGUCCCCUCUGUACCUCGCGCUUGUGCCUCUCUUUCGCCGUCUUGAGCUGUUCUUGACCUUUCUUGGUCUCCACAGACGAAACGAUGCGUGUCUCCAUAUCGCUGUCCCUCUUCGCCUUGGCCGCGUUGGCGGUAGCAGUGCCGUACCCGCAGGAAGAGGAUCCUGAUGUCGAAACCUCUGUGGCGGAGCCGUCACCGACAUUCGCCAUCACGAUCGCGGAUCCGACUCUGCCGAUCCCCUUGUCCACUUCUCUCAAUAUUCCAGUAACGGUUCCCUCGGCACUCCCGACGGGCGAGGUGGCAUUGAAUUCUACGAGCACGCGGCGGAGGAAGAGCCAUUGGGAGCCUAUUCCCAUCUUCUCGAAGAGCUGUGAUUGCCCAGCACUUGCGACGGUUGCGUAUCCGUGCUGGGCUACCGAUGCGCUGCAGCGAUGCAACUUCGAAGAACUGCACUCGUACGUUUGUUGGACUUCAGCGAAUUUCGGUUGCCCGUCUCCUACGCGCUCGUGCGAUUCGCUCUUCCAGCCGACGCCCGUCACCGGCAAGAAUCCGUGCGAACUGGGUCCAAACACUGGCGGAAACCCGACGAUUACAGACGCCCCCGUGCGACGAUGGCAGGAUCUAGUAUAGGCGAAACGAUUGACGGGAAGCUUUUCUUAAAGAAAGAAGGAUAUCGAAAAGUCGGCGACAAUGAGAGCGGAGAAACGCAGCUGGAGAGGGGGUGCACAAAGAGAGUGGUGAUGAUCUCGGGAGGGUGGAGAGAAGGAUUGGCAAGCAGGGCUGAAUGGAACAGUAGCACCUCCGUUAAGUGAAGCUCGCCUCUGCAAUACCACCUCACAACUCCCCUUAUCAUUUACCCAUCAACAUCUUACCUGCGUAUGCUCCUACGGCAA